UAUAUAUAAGGUUGUAUAAAAUGCGAUACGUAUUAAUAUUUAAUAGGUACUCAUCGUUUAUAGUCGUUUUAUUACGUUAAAAAUGAUAUCGUUAUUGGUAUUAAUCACAGUGUGCUUUGUGUUGUCGUCAGCAGAUUCUUCUGUAAACUGGACCGUGGACGAUAACACAAUACCAGAAUCGUUACCCGAUUUGAUGCGCAACAAAUAUUAUAGAAAUGAAGAAAUUCAAAACGCUGUGUUUUGGGCGUAUAAAAUUCAGUAUGAUGUUAUUUCAGAACAUAAUGGUCGCGUAUAUGACGCAGAAACACCAUUAGGAUAUUUCAACGAUGCCUUGAUUUUACCUAAGACCAGAGCAUCAUUAAUAAGUUCCAACAUCGUAUUCGAAAAUAAUACCAUCAGUGGCCUAUUGGAUUUUAAAAGCAAUAAUAUCGUCAUACGAUGGUCACAAGACCUGGUAUCCACAAAGAUAACUUGGAAAGAGCUUCAAAUUGUUGGCAGAUAUGUAUUUGUAGACGAGUGGAGAUAUGUAACUGGCGAAUAUAAAAUGUUCGUGGAAAACGUUAUGUAUCAGAUCGAUACGCCGUUAUCCAAAAACAUAGAAUUGUAUCCUUCGUCGGCGUCAAAUUCAGCCAUAUCUUAUAGUAAAUUUAAAACUACUUUUACUGGACAAUAUGCAAUUUCAGACGGAUUUUCGGCUACACGGUAUUUCUUGGAAGAAGUGGCAUUUGCACACGUCGCGGACUAUGUUUUAGAAAUGACACGGCAGAACGUCACGUCGGCCAUCAGAGCGGCAGUCCAGCCGUAUGUGCAGUACAGGAACCGAUCAGACCCACACUUCCCGGCCUCUGCUGGUCGGCUGGACAAUGGAAGGUUCUUCUCAGUCAGCGACCCGUUCGUCGACGGCCUGGAUACCGCGUUGCAAAAGGUGAACUCUGUGUGGACCGAACCGAACACGGGCGUGUUAAUGGUCGCCGUCGAGCACACGUUGCACAACCUUAACGGUACGUUUAAUCUGCACGUCGUCUCAGAGCUAGCCGAACUGCAGCGACCCGGCCACGUAAUCGAUUUUGUCAUGGACCGGGUUAGGCUGAGCAUUGCGUACGAUGUACUAAGGCCCAACUGCCUUUGUUCGGCCACCGUGAAAGUGUACAAGAUAACCACGUGGUCACGUGACAGUCAAGAGGACACGGGGUAUCUGCCACAAGUGGCCGCCGCUUUCGCCAACACAGUCGAAGAUCACUUGUCCAUCGGCACGUGCGCAGCCAUCGCAAAAGCCAACAAGUACGGUACCAACCCAUGCCAAUGAAGUUGGCCACAAUUAAUAAAUGACCUGAAAUAUGUUUUAAUAAUUUAUUAUUCUAUACUUUUUUUAAUAUCUUUCAAUUUUUUUUUUUUACACGAAUGUUAUAACUACUUAAAAGAAAAACAAUAUUUAGCCGUUUAGGUAAUGAAAAGAUUACAUCUAAAGAUGUAAUAUUAUGAUCUGAUCAUUAAAUCUAAAGUAAGAUAACUAUUUAAAUCAUUAUUCAUUCGAAUAUUAAAUAAUUCAUAAAUAAAAUUAAGUUGCAUUAGGUAUGUAAUAGUUUGAGUUGUUUUAAGGGGCUGCAUCCGGUUUUGUCAAAAGUCAAAACUAAUGUAGAUUUGACCAAUCUAAACAUUAAUACAUUUUGUGUACCUAUUAUAAUGUUUUUCAAUAUAUUUAAA